UUACAUCAAAAAGGUUGCCCAAGUAAACAUAUCAGCUGUGUUAUUUCGUCGGUCGAUUCGAGUGUUCGCCCAAGCCCAUGCUCAAAUCCAAACUCCUAAACCCCAGAUUCCCUUUGCCUCCUCCUCCUCCUACUCCGCCGCCGCCCGAUGUCUCUCCUUCUUGCCACCGGCACCACCGUAUCCUCUCUCUGCUAAAGCAAUGCACCACCCUCCGCUGCUUCAAGCAGAUCCACGCCCACAUGCUCACCCUCGCCGUCCGCAAGCCCAACGACCUCCUCGCCAGGCUCCUCCUCCUCGGCGACCUCCCCUACUCCCUCCUCCUUUUUUCCCAGAACCCCCGCCCCAACGACUUUUCCUUCAACCUCGUGAUCCGCGCCCUUGUCACUCUCUACUCACGCUUUCCUCUCGCCCUCGAGUUCUACCUCCGCAUGCUUCGCUCCGGCCUCCGGCCCGACCACUACACCUUCCCCUUCCUCCUCCUCGCCGCCGCCAACCUCCAGUCCUUGCACCACGGCCUCGCCGCCCACGCCUCCAUCUUCAAGCUCGCCCUUCACGACGUCGACCACGUCCAGCACUCUCUGCUCACCAUGUACGCGCGGUGCGGCCAGGUGGACCUCGCCCGCAAGCUGUUCGAUGAAAUCGCCGUCAGAGAUUGAGCUGUUCCGGAGGAUGCGAUCAGAAGGACUGGUAAUGCCGGACGAGGUCACUCUGGACUAUUGGAAGAAGCAUGGGAGUUCCUGGAGAAAAUGCCUCAAAAACCUGAUGCAGUUGCCUUAGGAGCUAUGCUUAGUGCUUGUCGCUAUCACAAGAAUGCGAAAAUAGGAGAGAAAAUUGCAAAGAGGAUCCUUGAAUUGGAGCCUUCAAACUCAGCAAACUAUGUCAUUUCUUCUAAAAUGUUUGCAGGCUCAAAGAGAUGGAAGGAUUCAGCCAGGAUGAUAGGGCUCAUGAGGGAGAGGGGCGUAGCGAAGACUCCUGGUUGCAGCUGAAUCCUGGUUGCAGGUGACAGGAUGCAUCUAGAGAUUUUUGAUAUGAUUGACUUAGUAGCUGAUGAGAUGAAGAUGGAAGGUUACACUCCAAAGAUUGACUAAAUUAGCUGGUAUGGACCAAUACAUGUAGCAAUUGCUCUUUAGCGAAAGGUAAUCCUCAGGUUUUAGCCAUCCUAGAAAUUUUUAUCUGAAGGAAUAUGAUCUAUUUUGAUGGCUGAACUGCGUUAAAUAAAUAAAAAUUACAGCACUAAGGAUAUAUUAGUAUAUUAUAAAUAAAUAAUUUUAAAAUUCUAAUAUAAUUAAUUCGUAAGUAAUCUAAUUUCGUUUUUAACUUACAAACGAUUUUUUUUUUUUAUUUAUCGAUUUCAACCAUGGGAUCCAAACGUCCACUAUAAAAGCGUCGUUUCGGAAUCGGAGAUACACUACUGGCGGCCAGAUGGAAGGGAUGGAGAACUGCGAGGAGCUGGAAACCCUAGUACGAGACUUCGAUCGGAUCUACCAGGGAUACAAUGAUGCACUUUUGGAGAUUCAGUCAUUGAAGAUGAGUUGUAAUUGUGAAGUCAUGAAACGCGAAGCUCUUGAAGCCACUUGCAAUGAUUUUAAAUCAGAAAAUGAAAAGUUAAGAAGGUCACAUCAUGAAUCUUGGAGCAAAUUUGUUGAUGAGAUGACAUAUCACGCAAAAUGCCAAAGGUUAACCGAGGAAAUUAGAGAAGCAAAUAUCAAACUGCUCAGCCUAGGAGCUGAACAUGAAAACAUGAUUGACAUGGUUAAACAAGAGUGCAACCAGAAAAUUCACGAUCUGGAGAAGCAAGUCAGCUGCUCACUUGAUAAGCAAGCUUCAGAUCAAGUUUUGAUAAAUCAGUUUCAACGAGAAUUGGUCACACAUGAAACACAUAUAGACAUACUGACCGGCAAUCUGGAAAUGGUUACCUCUGAUUUGCAAUCUAAAUAUGAUGCUGAGAUCCUGGAAUUAAAAUCUCAGCUUCUGGCUGAACAGAAUGCGAAAAAUGAUCUGCAAGUAAAGCUGCAGAAUACAGAGAAUGAAUUGCAAAUUAUGAAGCAGAAGCAAGAGAAGCAACAGAGAGAUUUCAUCUCGCUUCAUCACGUGGAAACAUUGAAGCAGAAAAUCAUGAGACUAAGAAAGGAAAAUGAGUCCCUGAAGAGGCAAGUUGCGGCCUUGAACGACCAUCACAUAUAAUCAUCCCAUCAGGAUGGCACAAUGCCACAGCAGCUGCCAAAAAUCUUGGUUUCUCUCAUUCGAUGUGCCGGCCGGCCCUGAAGGUUUAUAUCAUUGCCAUCGCAAGCAGAGGCUAAAGUCUAACUGAACCAUUACUUGUGGCAAACUAAUAUUAUAAUUGCCUGUAAUCUUGAAUUUCAAGCUCGUGUUUCCUAUAAUUGCCUGAGUUUGUUCUGUUUCAGUUGCCACCCUUUGUUGCCCCAUCUCGCCUGAUUUUGUUGCCAUCUGUGUCCAAUGGACUGUAGAAAAUCUCUUAUAAUAUUCUAAAUUUAACCCUUUUUU